CGGAGGGAUCCCAGCUUGUCAGAACCAUGGCCAGAGCGCUGAGAGACAGUGAACGCCAGUCGUCUGUCGAACGUUAGUUCGGCCGCAGAGUAGUACGGAGACGCUCAAGCCGAGAAGAAGUGUUUGCGGCCAACAUUUCCCCCAAGCCAAUGUUAACUUUCGGAUAGUGACGUUUGCUGGUCUCUCUGGCGUGUCGGGGGCUAGCUUUCCGUUGACCUGCCUGUGUUCUGCGGUGGAAAUCGCAAAAAUGUCGUCUCCAAGUCCGGGCAAAAGGCGAAUGGACACCGACGUGGUGAAACUCAUCGAAAGCAAACAUGAAGUCACCAUCCUCAGUGGACUCAACGAAUUUGUAGUAAAGUUUUACGGACCGCAGGGAACGCCGUACGAGGGCGGCGUGUGGAAAGUGCGAGUGGAUCUGCCCGAUAAAUACCCCUUCAAAUCGCCAUCAAUAGGAUUCAUGAACAAAAUCUUUCAUCCCAACAUCGACGAAGCGUCAGGAACGGUGUGUUUAGAUGUCAUCAACCAGACGUGGACAGCCCUUUACGACCUGACCAACAUCUUUGAGUCGUUCCUGCCACAGCUGCUGGCCUACCCCAACCCCAUUGACCCUUUGAACGGAGACGCGGCCGCCAUGUACCUCCACAGGCCCGAGGAGUACAAGCAGAAAAUCAAAGAGUACAUCCAGAAAUAUGCAACAGAGGAGGCACUAAAGGAGCAAGAGGAGGGGGCGGGCGACUCUUCAUCCGAAAGCUCCAUGUCCGACUUCUCCGAGGACGAGGCCCAGGAUAUGGAGUUGUAGUAGCGGACGUCGUCCUCCCCCUGCAAACCCCGCCCCCCACCCCACAGAGACUAUAUUUGAUUUCCUAACCCCAUGACAAAGCAGACUUAUAAUAUUCAUAUUUAAACACCUUGAUUUUUUUUUAUUAUUAUUAUUGUUACUAAAAAAGGAUUUUUACGAAUAUCUAGAUUCCUCCUCCCCUCCCCUUUCGGCAUCGCUUCCUCACCCCCACCUUUUUUUUUUUUUUGCUUGUGUGUGUGUGUGUGUCAAAGACAGUAUUUGAACAAAGACGAACAAUCACGCACAGGGUAUGUCGCUAUGCUCACGGACGGAUGCGACCCCGUUUUUUGGAAGCCGGCUUGGCAGUUACUCACUUUUCUUUGCGGGGGAGGGUCACCAGAACAAACGACGUUGUCAAGCAUGACGUCGCUGCUCUGAACACGCUUUGGAUUCACCCGGGGUCCGUUUUCACCCCGUUUUCAUUUCGCCUCAGUUUUACCCCGAUACAGGAAGGAAGGAGACGAGAUGUUUGGAUUUUUUCCUUUUUUUUUUUUUUUUUUAUCUUUUCAGAUUUGUGUGUCUACAGUACCAAACAUGGCAGUCCAAGUGCUCGGAGAGGACCUCGCAAUGUAUUCCCCCUUCCGAGAAUGCAGUAGUGUGGAUCCCAGCUCAACUCCCUUCCUUCGUGCCUCGUCAACAACAGUUUUAAAAAAAAAAAAAAGGAAGGGGAUAAAGGAGAGAAAAAAAAAAAGCACAUUUGGUACUCCUCUUUGGACAAUCUCCACUUCGAUGGAUGCUAACACAUAGCUAGUUCGGAGUUGCAAGUCCUCCAAAUAGAUAGCAUUCAUAUGGCUUUAGUCUGAUUCUCUUUUUUUUUUUUUUUUGUUAGCUGGCGUCUGUCGUGUGAUGAUAGGUAUAAGAUGCUUCAUUUGUACAGAUGUUUCCUAGCGUAGUCCAUCCAAAACAAGAGGCACAUGGAAAGCUGGCACCACGUCCUUGGUUUGCAUUGCGUCCGCGGUACAUUUUAAGAGUGUAGCGGGAUGCAGGUUCCUUUUUUUUUUUUUUUUUUUUUUCCCCCUCCUAAGUUGAUUUUGGAUGAGAGCCCACUCAGGAUAACCUAAAAAGGUCGUAUUCAGAUUCGUUUUCAGCUUUCGAAUUUUCUCUGGAAGCUGCCAAUAAGCGUUCUUACUUUCCCUCUUUUUUUUUUUUUUCCCUGUCAUUCUUAAUCCUAACAGCAAUGUCGUGAACUUGAAGAGAGUUUUUUGUUUUAAAAGUAAUCCAGAUUUGAAUUCUUGCUUUUUAGAUUGCUGAAUAAGAGAGAAAAAAAAAAAAGCCCCUUGAAUUGUAACCUUUUGGGAAAACAAACAAACAGCUCUCUUUAUGUUGAAGUCAUACUUUUGCUUUUUAAGAAGCAUUUUGCAUCUGAUGGGUAAUAAAGUGAUCAUAUACUCACCCUCAGCCUGCUGUUGGUGUGGACAAAAAGUCAACUCAAACCUGCCUUUGCAUUGCAAAUGGAUUUGGCUCGAGGAGUCGUCAUUUCCAAACUAAAUUAACUUUUUAACCAAAUCAGCAAAAUGUCUCUAGUGUCCCUGGUGUAUCUCGAAACAUGACAAAGAGUUUGACUUGUGUUGCGUUCAGGGAGCCUCUGUUGUAUUUCAGUACAGCGUGCUCGCCCACCGUGUCUACCUAUUGUGCACUUGCAUGCACACCUCCCAUUCCCGUUCUUCCGAGUUUUGGACACGUCAACACCCACACAUACACACAGCAUGUACUCUUUGCUACCUAGUGUGUUUAAUUUUCAUUUACCCAAAACGUGCGUCCUCGGUCUUACUCACAGCACCACUCUCACUUGCCCCCCACCUCUGUUACCCCUUUUUAUAUUUUUAUUUCUUUUUGACAUUGUGAAGUGGGCAUGCUUGUCAAAAAAGAUAAGGACAAAUGCUCUCCAUGAAUAGGCUUAUAACCUCAUAAAUAGUCGUGUAAAAAGUAUACUGUUAUAACUUCUCUUUUUUAAUAAAACAUUCAAUGUGCUCAAAAAAAUGA